GGAGAGGGAGGAGAGAGCAGGAUCUUCGCAGAUAACGAGCCCGCGCCAUGCAGUCCUUUCGAGAAAGGUGUGGUUUCCAUGGCAACCAGCAGAGCUACCAGCCGACUUCACAAGAUACAUCACGCCUGGAGAAUUACAGGCAUCAAAGUCAGGCAGGGCCGAACUGCGAGCGGCAGAGGCUGGUGGCGAAGGAGUACUACAGUCAGCAGCAACUGCCGUACUCGGGCUACGAGAACAGCGCCGUGGAGAAAUACCACCGGGGAAAUAAGCAAUUAGCGGGGCAGCAGCUGCAAGGCAGGCCGGCCUUUUCCAAUUACACCGUGCAGGAGAACAGCCCCUACCCGGCCCGUUAUUCGGGGGACGAGAGCCUGCAGGCGUGGGGUGGCCAACCGCAGGCGCUGCCCGGUGGCAUGGCCAAGUAUGAGGACAGCCUGAUGAAGAAGACGGCGGCGUUGGCGGGUGGGCGGCCGUACCACGAGCCGGCAGCUGCCUCACUGCCCUUCCGGACUCACUUUCAGCAGCAGCAGCAGCAGCAGCAGCAACAACAGCAGCAGCAGCAGCAACAGCAGCAGCAGCAGCAGCAACAGCAGCAGCAGCAGCCGCCCGCGCUCCCCUACCCCAAGCUGCAGCGGCAGAAGCUGCCGAAUGAUGUCUCCUCGCCCAUGCCCUUCUCACAGAGCUCCCACUUCGGGCAACACUCGCAGUCCUUCCCUGCCUCCUCCACCUACUCCUCCGUGCCGGGGGGCAGCCAGCCAGCACACUCCUACAAGAGCUGCACGGCACCCUCGGGGCAGCCGCCGCUGGAGCGGCCCCUGGGCAGCGCCGCCAGCCUGGCCCCUGGCCCCCGCGUGCCCAACCUGCACGGCUACCAGCCCAACCGCAUCGGCUACGAGCAGCCCCCGCAACCACCGCCGCAGCCCCCACAGCCGCAGCCGCCGCAGCCCCCGCAGCCGCCUCAGCCCUCGCAGCCCCCACAGCCCUUGCAGGUGCGACAUCACGCCCCGGAGACCCUCCACUACCAAAACCUGGCCAAGUACCAACAUUAUAACCAGCCGGGCCAGACUUACUGCCAGGGCGACGCGCCGCCCGUCCGGACGCCAGAGCAGUACUACCAGACCUUCAGCCCCAGUGCCAGCCACUCGCCAGCUCGUUCCGUUGGCAGGUCCCCGUCCUACAGCUCCACUCCCUCCCCGCUGAUGCCCAACCUGGAGAACUUCCAGUACAGCCAACAGCCGCUGAGUGCCGGCGCCUUCCCAGCUGGCAUCGCUGACCACAGCCAUUUCAUGCCGCUGCUGAACCCUUCUCCCACUGAUGGGACGAGCCCUGACGCUCAAUCCGGGAAUUGCAAAAAUUUGCAGAAGGAGAAGCUACCCGAAAACCUGCUGUCAGACCUGAGCCUGCAGAGCCUGACAGCGCUCACCUCCCAGGUGGAGAACAUCUCCAACACCGUCCAGCAGCUGCUGCUCUCCAAAGCGGCCGUACCCCAGAAAAAGGGCAUCAAGACUCCAGCGAGGACCCCCGAGCAGCUCAAGGGGCAGCACUGUAGCCCUGAGAGUAGCACGUACUCAGCAGAACAGGUGGGGACCCCCCUCUCCGACCCGCUGAGCACCCCCCAGUCCGUCCAUGCUGAGACGCAGGACACUGACUAUCUCAGCGGGUCGGAGGACCAGUUGGAGAGGAGUUUCCUGUACUGCAACCAGAACCGCAGCCCUGCCCGUGUCAACAGCAACUCCAAGGCAAAGCCUGAGUCGGUGUCCACAUGCUCCGUGACCUCCCCGGAUGACAUGUCCACCAAAUCGGAUGACUCCUUCCAGAGCAUCCACGCCAGCCUGCCCCUCGAGACCUUCACCAAGUACGUGACCAACGAACGGGACUGUCCCCGGCUGCUCCUCAGUGCCCUGUCCCAGGAGGAGCUGGCUUCCGAGAUCAUCGUCCUGCAGGACGCCAUCAGCGAGAAGGCAGACAAAGCCUGGGCCAACUCGCCCAUGCUGAGCAAGGAGGCCACCAAGUCGCCCUUCCAGCUGGAGAACCAUCGGCCCUGCCUGGACUCCAUGGUGAAGGGCGCCUGGCCCAGCCAGGGUGACUCCAGCACGCUCACCGAGCCCCUCAAGCUGGACAAGGCUUCGGGGGCCAGCGCAGGGAAGGACUUCGUCGAGGAGGUGUACGAGGGUCCCCAGGUGGAGUUCACGGCCGCUGACACCAAGGACACGCUGAAGGACACUGCCUCACUGGCCUUCAACUCCAAGCCCAGCAUCCCAGCGGCGACAUCGAGCGCCGGAGCUGCCAGCUACAGCUGCUACUCAAAUACCACCGCCAAUUCGGUGGCAUCAGAGAACGCCAUGGAGCACUUCGAGUGGCCGGAGGAGAGCCUGGGCGAGGCGUGCCUGCGGUGGAAGGAGCUGCAAGCCACCGACCUCCCCAAGGGCUUGUUCCCCAGCAAAUUGGUGGGCUCUUGCAAGGAGAAAAAAAAUGCCUGCGGCUUGGAUCUGUGUGAUGGCGAACAGCCGGCCAAGAGCGAGCCAGCCCGGGACUUUGCCCAGCAGGCGAUGGAGGAGGAGGAAACGCUGACCUACGACGAAGCAGCAAAGGCAGAUAGUGAGAGGUGGCUGCAGGACACCCGACACUGCUGCUCGGCCGGGGACUUCAGUGAAAUCCCCAUCAUCUCCUCGCCGGAUCUGAAGGAGUCAGACCUGGAGGCAGAGGAGUACUCCUCGCUCUGCGAGCUGGCCAGCUCGGAGCAGAAGUCGGUGACGUACGACGCCUCGCCGCCCAAGCCCCUGGAGAUGCCCGCCGUUCUGUCCUCCAGCGAGGUGCCCGUGUCCGCCGAGGAGACCGUCAGCACAGUGGAGAAGGAUUGCUCUGCUCCCUCUGCGCGCCUCUCUGGCCAGUCUGUCAUCCUGCUGGGUCCCGCUGUGGGCACGGAGACCAAGGUGAAGAGCUGGUUCAAGUCCUCCCUGCCCCACAUCCAGCCUGAGGAGGAGAACAGCGGAGGGGAGACGUCACACCCGCAGGCAGCCGAUGCUGAAUCCGCCCCGUUAGUCGCAGUGAAGCAGCAACUCACCCCUGAAAAUGUGCUGGGGAAGACGGAGCCUGUCUCACGGGGCAAGAGCCUCCGCAAUAAGAGGGUCCACUGCCGGCUGCCGGAGGCGGACGGCCCCAGCAGCGCUGUGCCGAGCCCUUUUGAUGACCUGCCGGCAACUGGCGGCAUGGCCAGUGCCUGCCUCGGGCCAGAUGGCCAAGCGGAGAUAGCGAGCAAGAACGCCCACAGCCAAACACCCCGUUUUCCAGCUGAGGGUCUUCCAGCACGCAUGUGCACCCGCUCCUUCACCGCCCUCGCCGAGCCCCGCGCCCCAGCCCCACUGGAGGGGCUGAAGGCCCCCGCGCACCAGGAGAAGCUGGGGAAGAAGCCGGCCUGCGGUGUGAAGCAGCGGGUGGCUUUCAAAGCCAGGAAGCGCAGCAGCCGGCCGGCCCCCAAGGUGGUCCAGAACGCCAGCGACGCCACCCUCCUGAUGCCUGGCUUGGUGGUGACGGAGGAAAUGGCGGGGCCAACACUGCCGGAGGGGGACGUGGUGGAGGCAGGGGAGAGGGACCAGCGGUCGAUGAUUUUGCGCUCCCGGACGAAGACGCAGGAGGUUUUUUACACCAAGAGGCGGCGGGGCAAGAGGGCGGCCGACGUGCGGCUGAAGAACUGUAAGGCGCCCAAGAAGCUCAUCUCCAACAACCACCUCCCACCCGCCUUCAAGCUGGCAGCCCCGAGCAGCCCCCACAAGGAGGGGAAGGUGGGUGCCCGGAUGAAGCUGCCCAAAGCGGGGCCGGGCGUGGGGGGCAAGAUGUCCGAGCGGCCCCUGCACUCGCUGAAGAGGAAGUCCACCUUCAUCUCCCCCAUCCCUGCCAAGAAGAGGAACCUGGUCCUGCGGAGCAACAGCAGCGGAGUGAAGGAGGAGAAACCAGAGGCGCCCCCCAGCCUCUUCAAGAAGAUGCCUGUGGCCAAGAAGGUGAAAAGCAAGCUGCCCCCCAAGAGCUCCGGCGAAGGCAUCCCAAAGCCCCCCCCACCGAAAGAAGCCCCCGAUGUCUGCAUCAAGAUCACCUCCCGGGCAGCCUUCCAGGAGGCCACCAAGACCAAAGUGCUGCCUCCCCGCAAGGGCCGUGGCCUCAAGCUGGAGGCCAUCGUCCAGAAGAUCACCUCACCCAACCUGAAGAAGUUCGCCUGCAAACCAGCGGCCACAGCGGGGACAGCAGCGGCCACAGCGGCUGCCUACGGCACCUCCUUGAGCCCAGUGGUGGCGGAGAGGGAGCGGGCGGUGAAGCACAGCGGGGUGGCCCUGGUGGCAGGCGACAUGCGGCUGCCGAAGCCGGCAGCGGCACAGAAGGCACCCGUCAUGCCGUUGGCCGAGCAGCUCUGCCGAAACCCCAAUGGCCGAGCACCAAAGGGGAAGCUGGGUGGCGGGAAGAAGCUCUCCACUGACAGCUGCCAGGGUGAGGCCUGUACGCUGGCCCCGGGGGCCCAGCCCGGCUCCACCGUGGCGGCCAAGAGCUUGGGGCUCCUGCCCAAGAAGAGGAACCGCAAGGGCAAAGCAGCAACGCUGGGCAUGGCCAAGGUGCCCCUGGGCCCUGCACCGCCAUUGCUGCCCCGGGAGCUUGCUGGCUGGCGUCACGAGUUUGGGCGACCUCAGCUGAACCCGUCCUGCACGGGAGGCCAUGGGCCAGGGAGGACACUGCGUCCCCACCACUCGGGGACAGCUGUCCUGCUGCGUGGGGACCUGACAUGGCUUCUCCUCUCCUCGCAGGUUGCUUAUUAA